CCCUUGGCGCCUCUCUCCCUCCCCGUCCUUUUCUCUCCCUGGAAGGAGGGAGUGAGGGGGGGGGGUCUCCUGGGCAGAGCGCGUCUCUUGCCGGGAAUGAUGCAAGAGCCCUGAGCCAGUCUUCGGGGCGUGUGUGGCGGAGGGAGGCUGGCGCUGCUCCUCUCGGGCAAGUGCCGCUCGCCUUUUAUCGAUCGCCCGAGGGCUAUAAAAGGGGGUGGCCGUGGCUCCACGCGUCCUGCCUUCCUUCCUGCCAAGGGGAGCUCUUCACCGGAGGGGAUCCCGCGCCCAGAGCUCUUCUCUCUGUGUCUCUCCGUUCCUUCUGCUCUGCUCUGCUCUGCGGAGGGUGCCUUCGGGGCGGCGAGGAUGUGGCGGCGGGCGCUGCCCUUGCUGGGGGCCCUGCUGGGCUUGGCGCCCCUGGCCUCCCGCGCCCUCCCUCUCACCGACGCCGGGCCCCACGUCAGCUACGGCUGGGGAGAGCCCGUCCGGCUCAGGCACCUCUACACCGCGGGACGGCAGGGCCUCUUCAGCCAGUUCCUCCGCAUCCACGCCGACGGGAGAGUCGACGGCGCCGGGAGCCAGAACCGGCAGAGUUUGCUGGAGAUCCGCGCGGUCUCGUUGCGCGCCGUGGCCCUCAAAGGCGUGCACAGCUCCCGCUACCUCUGCAUGGAGGAGGACGGCCGGCUCCGCGGGAUGCUCAGAUAUUCCGCAGAAGACUGUUCCUUUGAAGAGGAGAUGCGUCCAGAUGGUUACAACAUCUACAAGUCAAAGAAAUAUGGAGUUUUGGUCUCCCUAAGUAAUGCUAGACAAAGACAGCAAUUCAAAGGGAAAGAUUUUCUUCCUUUGUCUCAUUUCUUGCCGAUGAUCAACACUGUGCCAGUGGAGUCUGCAGACUUUGGAGAGUAUGGCGACACCAGGCAGCAUUAUGAAUCGGAUAUUUUCAGUUCACGCCUUGAAACUGACAGCAUGGACCCUUUUGGCCUCACUUCAGAAGUGGCAUCGGUACAGAGUCCUAGCUUUGGGAAAUAAUGAGGGCUCUGUAACUUUACCUAUAGUCCCCAGAAAACAACACCAGCAAGCAAGCACAGUAUUUCUAGUUGUGAUAUCUAAAACAUAAGGCCAUGUUAAAUGUCGUACUGUCCUUGUCAAGCAAGUGAUAAUACUACUCCUAAGAAAACUGACACAGCAAAAUGGGGUAUAUGCACACACAUGUGCAUGCAUGCACACAAACACACACAGAAUUAAGGAAAGUUCUUCCUAACAGGUGCUGUUAAAUUUAGGAAUGACAAAUGCAGAGGACAGGAAAUCCUGUUCUGGUGCUUGUUUGGAGGAUAGGAUCAUGAAUAUUGUACAGGGUCAUUAUUUCUUUUGAUCACUUCAUGACAGGUAGUAAAUACUGUUCAUUCAAAGGAGAAUCAUUUCUCCUCCUUAUGUGCACUAGUGUUAGAUAUAAAAUAGGAACAAGUAAAAAACUUUUUAAAAAGAUCUUCAGGAAACAAUACAUUUUACUGAUAUCAGCUCCAGUUAGAGUAAACUCACUGAAAUGAUUGAAUUGCAUGUUAGUCAUUACUAACAUAAAUCCCAUUGAUUUCAGUGACUGCACUAAAUGGGACCAUUGCUGGACUUUUCACAAUCUCUACCACUGCUAUUGAAAGAUGACUGACAUGGAUCAGGACUAAUAUUGGUCCCUAGUAAAUUAGAGAAAUUAAACAGACUCUGUGCUAUUUUUUAGCAAGCCAAUGUCUACUGUUAAAUAGCACACACGCUUUUUUCAAGCAGUGAAGCUAUAAACAUUUAAAGUGAUAACAUCGUCAGAAAACACAAAUAGGGUUCAAUUUGGGGAAACAAAAAAUAAAUGAACAGGUAAUUAAUUAUAUUUUCUCAAAAGGGUAAGAAUCUGCAUCGCCUCAAAAACUGACAAACUGCUGGUAUUCCCAUAAUUCUUUUGCAUUGGUCAGUAGGAUGGUAAAGAUGAUCAUUGGAGCCCAACAAUAUAGGGCAGUGGUGCUCAACCUUUGGGUCCCCAGAUGUUUUGGCCUAUAACUCCCAGAAAUCCCAGCCAGCUUACCAGCUGUUAGGAUUUCUGGGAGUUGAAGGCCAAAACAUGCGGGGAUCCACAGGUUGAGAACCACCGAUAUAGGGAAAGGGGUCCACAGUUCCCCAGCCAUACUAAGAAAUUUAUUUACAGUAUUUAUAUUGUGCCCUUAUCACCCCAAAGGGGACUCAGGGCAGAUCACAAACAUUCAAUACUGCUAUACACUGACAGGACAGACACAGUACAUAGAAGUAUAUAGGCUUUUCCCAUUUUUGGUGUCUUGGAGGUUGCGCUUGAUUCCAGCCAUUGGGGGGAGGGGAAUGACGCUCGAUCUACCAUGCCGAAGAGCCCUGUUCACAGACUUCCUCCUUUAAUCGAAUCGCUGGCAUUUUUCUGAUAUUUCCUUGUGCCAUUAAAAUACCUCCCCACUUAAGCAGUACCUAUUUAUCUACCCUCAGCUGAUUUCAAUCUGCUAGAUGGACAAUGAGCUUGGUUGAAGUGUUCACCCUCAACCCGGGCUUUGAACUGCCAACUUUUUGAUUGGCAAGAUAUAUUGCAGCAGGUGAUUAACCUGCUGUGCUAAAGCCCGGCCCAAAAAGAACCACAAUUAGAACUUCACUAUAGGAUUAAGCAAUUUUGUGCAGCUACACAUGUCCAUACCUUUUAUUAAAGUAAAGUAAGUUAUUCUUACCAGUAGGAGAUGUUUUGUUUUAAAUUAUUACUGAUUUCAAUUAAAGGGUGUUAUAUAUUACUAUGAGUAAAUAUUUCAUAGAAAUUUUGUACAUAUCAGUUUUCUAAUGUAGAAAAAUAGUGAAUGACCAGAUGUGGAAACGAGAGAAAACAGCCUUUUGCAGAUCAUUCUUAAAGAUUGUUGUAUAUAGUAGUACAGUUCUGUACAGAAAAUGAAAGGAAACAUUACUAUUUUCUUGACCUAGCACUUCAUUGUCAACAUAUUUAUAAUUAAUUUAUUAAACACAUACAUCCGUUUAUUUUGUUACUGUAUUUAUACUUAAAAUUUCUAUUUAUGUACUCCAAAUAUUGUCUUUUAAAAAAUAUUGUCUGGACAAAAUGUAGUGAUGAUUUCACAAUUUCAGUAAUUGUGAAUUGGAAAUGAAACUAAAAAUGUGUGUGAAAUCUGUAGAUUUAGUGUGUUUUAUUUUUAAUAAAAAUAAAAA